UAACAAAAAAAAAUCGAGUUAUUUCUUGAUAAAACGAGAAUAAUAACUUUAAUCACAUUCAGUUUGAGUUUAAAACUUGUUUGUUAUUCAUGAAAAAAGCGUGUCCAAUUUACAAAAACAGAUAGCUUUGAUAGAGGACAUUAAAAUGAAGGUUCAAUCGGUUUUGGGUGAUUUAUUGCCAUCAGAUUUGGGACGGACUUUGCCGCACGAACAUCUAUCAUUGGAUUUUCAUCAUUUUUUCAACGACGCUCCCAAGCACUUGCAGGGCUAUGUCACGGAAAAGCAGAAAAUUUCGUUGGGAAAUAUUGGAGUUUUAAGGCAAUAUCCGUACAGUAGUCCGUAUAAUCUGCAAUUUUUUGACGAUGAUACAAAUGAGAAAGUAAUUGAAGAUGUACAUUUGUAUAAAAAAUGGUGUGGUAGCAAAUGUACCAUUGUUGAAAAUACAACUCAUGGAAUACGUAGAGAUUUAACAUUUUAUCGUGAAGUGGCAAAAAAGACUGGCGUAAAUGUGAUUGCGGGAGCUGGACAUUAUCUUGAAAUGACGCAAGAUAAUAGUGAAUUAUCAAUUAGCUUAGAGCAAAUGUCGGAUUUGUACAGAAGAGAGAUUGUGUUUGGUGUUGAUGUGAGCAGUAAUAAAAAUGGAUCAGAUAUCAUAAAAUGUGGAUUUCUAGGUGAAAUCGCAAGCAAUUGGCCUAUUUCUGAUUUUGAAAAACGUGCAAUAAAAGCUUCGGCAGAUGUACAAUCAGCACUUGGUUGUGCAGUCACCUUUCAUCCAGCGCGAGAUUCUCGUGCACCAUUCGAAAUCAUGCGUUUGUAUUUGGAAGCCGGUGGCAAGGCUGAUAAGUGUGUAAUGUCGCAUUUGGAUCGUACAAUUCAUGACGAUGACAUGUUAUUGGAGUUUGCCAAACUUGGCAUGUAUUGCCAAUUCGAUUUGUUUGGAACGGAAGUUUCUUUCUAUCAAUUGGCAGAACAUCUGGAUAUGCCUUCGGAUGCUCAACGCAUGGAUAAGAUCAUUUCACUUGUUGAUGAAGGAUACUUAGAUCGAAUAUUAAUGUCACAUGAUAUUCAUACAAAACAUAGACUAAUUGGUUUCGGAGGUCACGGCUAUGCACAUAUUAUAAACAAUGUUUUGCCCAAACUCAAACUAAAGGGACUAACUGAUGAGCAGAUUGAUAAUAUUACAAUUACAAAUCCGUCAAAAUGGCUUGAAUUUAACAUUUGAAGAAGUAAUUUCAAAGUAUUUGCAAAAAU